AUGCCUCGACUCGCCUGCCCGCUUAGGCUGACGCCAAUAACAUUACGGCGUGCCAAUGGGGUCAGACAGGCCCGAGUGCUCAGUUCCUCGCUGAAAUUCAACGCUGUCGUCGAAUGGUGGGACGAAUAUAUCGCUUACGAUGCUCUCAAGAAAUACAUAUACCAACUGGAGAAGCAACAGCAUGACGCACGUAUAUAUUCUCAUGACAUCGAAGCUGCGACAGAGCAUACAUCUCUCGUGGGACGGUCAGCGCUAGCGCCGGAUACGAAUGCACUCUUCCAUCCACUGCUAGAUGCGGAGCUGCGCAAGGUCUCGUCCUUUUACUCGCAUCAAGAAAAGGAGCUCCUGGAAGAGCUUACAGAGUUGGAAGAUCUCGUGAAGGAGCAGGAUGAGAUGGGGCUUGUUGCUGGAAGGCUGUAUACAGAGGGCGAUGGUGAUUGGGAUGACGAUGACGAAGACGAUGAUGACGACGAAGAAUGGCAGAGCACAGAGAGAAGCCGGGAUCGGCGAGGAAAUACGAGCACGUCUAGGCGGAGACGAAAGCCGUCGAAUGCUGCUUCGAAGCCGCUCAAUCCCAACAAUACAGGCAAUCAAAUGGCGGAGGUCUCGCCCGCUGCCCGCCGUGUCAGCAUUUCCUCGACAGAGGAUAACGCGGACCUGGAAGCAAGCUUGACUUCUUUGCGUCAACUCCAGAUACACAUCCCCUCUACUGUCAACGAGUCGCAGGACAAUGUGAGAGGUCCAGGAUUGAAUAGCAGCAAAAGUCGCAGUAAAUCUCCGAGUGCUGCUCGUACGUUCGCGAACAAAUUGCGCAACAGUAUAGCAUCGUUAGCGUCCCCACACGAGACCUCACAAACAUUGCAGGGUAACGACACGAUAUGGACAGCCAAGUCAAACUAUGCAAUGGACACACAAUUGCUAUUCAAGCGACGUAUCACCAACCUCUACAAUCAAGUCGCCUCGCUUCGUUCUUAUGUCGAGCUCAAUUACUCAGGGUUCCGCAAGAUCCUUAAAAAGUAUGACAAGGUGACUGAGAAUUCGCUACAAGCACAUUACCUCCACGAGGUUCUCGAGCCAACGACCCCCUUUGACGGCACCUCUCGCUCUCGUCUCUCUGAAGCUCAAUCUGCUCUUCUCCAUCUGUAUGCGAAGUGUGUUACCCAUGGUGACGUGGCCGCUGCACAACGGUACCUCAAAAUGCAUCUACGUGAGCACAUAGCAUGGGAACGGGACACUGUCUGGCGCACAAUGAUCGGGAGAGAACGUCGAGGUGACGGAGGGACUCCGUUGGGCGUGUCCCUAGGAACAUCUUCAGAGGAGAAAGCGCUUGAAGUGCGGACACCGGUCGGAAGACUGCGCGUGGGGAGAAGGCAUGCAUGGGUGCUAUUAGCCGCCAUUGUUUUCGCGGUUCUUCUGAACGUGCAAGCUGUUGAGGGCACAGAGGCCAAUCGAUGUCUCGCUAUUUUGGUAUUCGCGACUAUUUUGUGGGCGACAGAGGCCAUCCCUUUGUUUGUGACAUCGAUGAUGAUACCGCUUUUGCUCGUAUGCCUGCAAGUCGUGCGGUCCCCUAACGGAGAUAGCAGACUUAGCACCCCUGAUGCGACAAAGUGGAUUUUUUCAGUCAUGUUUUCCCCGACCAUCAUGCUCCUCAUUGGUGGGUUCACCAUCGCCGCAGCGCUUUCUAAGACAAGCAUCGAUCGGGUGCUCAUUACCCGCGUGCUGAGCCUCGCUGGGACACGUCCAAGUGUCGUGCUCUUGGCGGUUAUGGGCGUAGCAUGUUUUGCCAGUAUGUGGAUAAGCAAUGUCGCCGCGCCUACUCUCUGCUUCACACUUGUGCGGCCAAUUCUUCGAACCCUCCCUCCUCGAUCGACGUUUGGCCCUUGUCUCAUAAUCGCGAUCGCGUUGGCAGCGAACAUCGGGGGCCAGUCCUCCCCUAUAUCUUCCCCCCAGAACUUGAUCACGUUGCAGGCAAUGGAUCCGCCACUGGACUGGGCGCACUGGUUUGCUGUUGCACUUCCGGUGUCUCUUGUCUCGAUCAUCUUGAUAUGGCUCAUGCUGCUGGUGUCCUACCGGCCUUCGCAUCUGCCAAAUGGCGAAGGGUAUCUAGAGAUUAAGAGCAUUCGGCCGACAAGAGAAGGGUUCACUGCGAAGCAGUGGUGGGUCACGCUAGUUUGUUUGGUGACUAUCGGUCUCUGGUGCGUCGAAAAGGGCAUUGAGGAAUAUGUCGGCGAUAUGGGUAUUAUUGCAAUCAUCCCUAUCGUGGCAUUCUUCGGAACCGGUGUCCUGAAGAAGGAUGAUUUUGAACAGUUCCUUUGGACCGUCGUUUUCUUGGCGAUGGGAGGUAUCGCACUCGGAAAAGGCGUAACUUCAAGCGGACUGCUGGAAAAGAUGGACGUCGUCAUCCGAGAUCUUGUGGAAGGGCUUUCACUGUACACCGUAGUUCUCGUCCUCUCCGCCGUUGUUCUGGUAAUUUCGACCUUCAUCAGUCACACGAUUGCGAGUGUCCUCCUCGUACCGAUUGCGAAGGAGGUUGGGAGCAACCUUCCAGGCGAUCAGGCAAACUUGCUCAUAUUUGUCACCGGGUUGAUCUGCUCUGCGGGUAUGGGCAUGCCUGUGUCAGGAUUCCCUAAUCAAACCGCAGCCACGCAGGAAGACGAUAUGGGCCAGCUGUACUUGUCAAAUAUCGAUUUCUUGAAGAACGGCGUGCCGGCGAGCGUGAUCGCCACUCUGGUUGUGGCGACGUUGGGAUUCGCGCUUAUGAAGCUCAUCGGGCUAUAAUGAGACAUCAACAUGUAUGACCUCCACACAAUCCCGAAUGUGCCGACCUCUGAUCUGUAGUGCUAGUGCUAGUGUUUACCCUACAAUUUACUUGCUCAAAAUCUAUUUACAUCCAUCAAGAUACAUGUGCAAUAGAUCAUCAAGAGGGGCUUUCAAGUCGCAAGAGCUGGGGUGGCUAGUUUGCUUACGAUAAUUGCCGAUGUCUUGUCCGCUCGUUGUCCUUGUGUUAGGAAUGUAUCCUUUCGCCGGGCGGAAGAACGCUCUACC